AUGCUACUUAGGGGUUUAAGUAGACAUUUCAUAAACCAAACUUUCCCCUCUACUGAAUGUGAUUUUAACAAAUUCGCUGUUAUGCACUAUCAUGGAAAGGAGGAAUACACCCUGGAGAGCGUUCUUCCAAGACUGAACCCGUGCCAGGAUAAGAAAGUGAACAAGUUGCUUAAAAGCUCAAAUAUUGCAUUUUUACGAGAUUACAACUUUAUGCAAAACUCUAAUACAACUGAAAACUUCGAUGAAAUUAUUCCCCACAUCGUCAAUGCAAACGCCACUUUUAACCUUAUAAGGCAAGUUAUUUGCUAUGUCUUUGACGAUGGCAGGUCUAGUUCACCUGAUAAUCACCCUCAAAGUACAUGCCUUCCAUUCUUACUUCCACCUCUAUCUGGCAAUCUCACCUCUCAACGCCAUUUGAGAGUUUUCCAGGAAUCAGGCCUCCUCAAUUUCGCCGUAAACAAUAAUGCGGCUUCUGGCUUAACGGUAAUGAAGUCGAAUGAAUUUCUUCGACAAUUCUCGGUUCUCAAUCAUCUGCAAACCGAUGACACCAAGGACUUGAAGGCUUUAGCAAGGAAACUGAGAAUGGGGGGAAAGUUGCCAUAUACCACUAACACAUGGAAGGGGUUGAAAGCGUUGCCUCUCAGUCGGAAUUAUUUCAAUGAUUGCAUAGUGAAAAUAAUGGAAAAGUGCAGACUGUCGACUGACCUCUACUUUGUGUCUUCUGAUUGGGUAUUGCUCACACUAUCUGCAGUGAAUCAUCUCAAACUGGAACUCAUGAAGCGCACCAUGUACUCUCGUCGCAUUCAACGCUGGUGGCGACAACGUCGUCAGCAGCGACAAAUGCUUCAAGAUAUCUCCAAUUUCCUCAUCACUACCUCUAUGACAUCCACAAACGCCAAUUCCAACGACUAUGGUGUUACGACCACACUUUCAGAUUCUAUCAAAAAUGUUAUUUUUCCUGCUGUAAAUGAUACAAGAUCAACUAAUGCAGCUGAUUGUGACGCUGUACACGGACCAGUCUACGUAGUUGCAAAUACCGUUUUGUCGAAUGUCCCAGUACCUCAGAGUUAUAGUCUUCCACCACAGCAGAUUUCACCUCAGCGCGUAUCACCCACUUCUCAGAAGUUCAACAGCAAAAUAAAACGACCUCCACCAUCUUCAGGCAUAGCGUGGUAUGAACCAAGAUACCAGAGGCCUCCUGCUUUUCCCCCCGUUGCGCCCAAACCCGAGAGGGUGGUUUCUUUCGUUGAAAAUAGUGCACCCCGCUAUCUGAGUCGAAAUCCGUCGACAUCUGCUCCAUAUAACAAUGAACCCCAGGAAACUAACCUCAGACGUAGUAGUAGCGCUCGAGCGUUCGAUAUUCAGCAACAAACUACCUACAUUCCUGAUUCAUCAUCAACCGUGUUAACCGCAUCUAAAGAUAUUCGACCGCUGGCGCGUUCUAACAGCUCAAACGGGGGUUCAAAUUUUAAUCGGGAGAAUCUGGGUGGAGUUCAGAGAAGAAUUCGAAGAAGAGUGACAGAAAUACCGGCAGAUUUGGGUGCAAGGAGACCGGUCUCUUGGCAUGUUGGCCAAAUGGAAGCUCAGGUAAUCGCUCACAUGGAAAAACAGAAACUGCUGAACGGAGAGGUUUCACCUGUUCUUUUGAGGCGCAGGAAUUCACCUGCCAAAGUAUCAGCUGAUGACCAGAGACGGAGAUCCACUGCUUCCGUUUUUGGGAAAUAUCAAUUCGCUGAUGUUAAGGCCGAUGCAACUCCACAGCAGUCACUGUCUUCGACUUGCAGAAAUGGAGAGGAAGACGGUCGUGAGAAGCAAGGCACCCGCGAAAGCAGGUGUCGAGACACUCGUCGGGUGACAUCGGAGUUCCCCCAGUCUCGUUCUCCUUACCGGAUGAGAAGCAGCAAUGGCAUAGCAGCUGGCCUUGCAGCCUCACGUUCUCCACCCCGAUCGACCAAGUCUCCUGAAGCUCAACGCGAAGAAUUUCUCAGAGUUCAAUCGGAAAUCAAGAGGGGAGAGUAUAGACGAUCUCGCGAACUCACCACCUCUCCACCUAGGCAAAAUAGUCAUUUAAUUCGUCGAGAAAUGACACCUGAUAUUCAACAACCUAGCCAUUCUCUAUCUUCGCACUCAACGAAAACUUGUUACAACUCCUCUUUGUAUGGAUCCAUCCCCGAUUUUCGACUGUUCUCUUCCGAUGAACCAAAUUACCCCCAAACCCAACCCUACUUUACCAGACUGGAACACGCUGAAAGGAUGAAUGGUGCAGUCUCAAAGCAGUCUCAUGGAGCUCCUCCCAACAAAAUUCUCAAACCACCUCAUAACCCCCCUCGUAGACGACCUGUCAGCACAGUUUUCGACGGUCCUUUGACCCCAAAUAUCUUCCCAUUUAACCUCCCGUCCAGAAAUCAUUCACCUCCUCGUGAACCCAUAAGACCACCUCGUAUGACCUUCUCGAGCUCUCCUAUGGAUGGGAAAGUGAUUAUACCCGUGUCUGGAAGAAAGUCGUCCUUACCUGCGAUGCCGAUUUCUGCAAGACUUCCUGUGAACGCCUAUGACAUGGAUACUCACGGUUUGAAAUCAAUUGGAGGCGGAUGUAUUAGAAAUUUCUGCUACGACUGA